AUGCUCCGCAUGUCCAACUUCCUUUCCCUCUCCUCCCAGCUGACUUUUGAGUCGACUCAAAAGUCGACUCCGCAAUGCUCCGCAUGUCCAACUUCCAUUCCCUCUCCUCCCACGAUCCUCCCCCGCCCUCCCUGCUCCCCAAAUCCCGGCCCCGCGGCCCCGCCGACCAGCAACCUCCUAAAGAACCCGCGAUUCCAGGACGGCCUGUCGUCGUGGCUGGCCUUCGGCGAGUCGUCAUUACGCCGCGUGCAGGCCGCGAACUACUCGUACGGCGUGUCGUACGCGCGGCGCGAGGAGUCCGCGGGGCCGGCGCAGAUAAUACGUAACUUGCCGGCCGCGGCGUACGAGCUCGCGAUCUGGGUGAAGCUAGGUGCCGCCAGCGGGCCGGCCGCUAAAACUGCCGGCUUGCCUCCCGCCGGCCGGCAGUACGUGAACGCGAUGGCGAAGAUCGACGGCAAGUACGUGUGCAUCGGCGGCGCGAACGCGCGGCCGUCGUGCUGGACGAAGGUGAUUGGCGGAUUCACGCUGCAUCGGACGGCUAGCGAGGUCGCGGUGUAUAUCCAAGGCGCGACGGUCGGGACGGAGAUCUUGGUGACGUCAGCAUCGCUGCUGAAGGUGGACACGGCGAUGUGGCGACAGCGGCAGAAUGAAAAUAUCAAGAAGCACCGCCAACGAGACGUGACAUUGCGGGUGCACGGAGCAGGGGCAGUAUCAGCGCGCGUGCAGAUCGACCAAGUGACUUCGGAGUUCCCGUUUGGAGCUAAUGUCAACGGCGCGAUCCUCUACGACAAAAACUACCAGCGGUGGUUCCUAAACAGGUUCAACUGGGCAGUGUUCAAUAAUGAAGCUAAAUGGUAUUUCAACGAGCAGAGCCCAGGCGCACUGGACUACAAUGUGACUGACGCGUUGGUUAGAUGGUUCACCCAGAGGAACAUCAAAGUGCGCGCUCACAACAUCUUCUGGGCCGUGGAGAAGUUUGUUCAGACGUGGGUCAAGGGUCUCAACAACACCUCCUUAUGGGCGGCCAUGCAAAGGCGCAUGAGCAGUGCAGUCAGCCGGUACCGAGGCAAGGUGCAGCACUGGGAUGUCAUCAACGAGCCUCUGCAUGGCAACUACUACGGGCAGCGCCUGGGCGGCAAUGUGCACUCGUGGAUGUUUAAAGCUGCCCGAGCGAUUGACCCUAAUGUCAGGUUGUUCCUUAACGAGUACAACACUGUGGAGCAAUGCGACAAAGAGGCUAACCCGGAGAUUUACCUCGAGAAGGUGUGGAAUCUCACUUCUAGUGGGGCGCCAGUGACAGGCAUAGGCGUGGAGGCACACUAUAGUGGGGAGCCGCAACUGGUCCGUCUGAAACACGACCUAAACCGGCUGGCAGUAGCCGGCAUGCCCAUCUGGCUGACCGAGCUCGAUUUCAACGAAGUGCAAUCGGGGAGGCAAAGGGCGGAUUAUCUGGAAGCGGUGAUGCGAGAGGCCUUUGCACAUCCCUCGGUGGCCGGCAUUGUGCUGUGGUCGGCGGGGAGAUCGACGUGCAUGUACUACAAGGACAUGGACCCGGGCAUGUGCAGCGCGUGUGAUGCGUGCUUGGCAAAUGACAAGUUUGUCGACAACUUAGCGGGGCAGAGGUGA